CCAGAAUAACAAUAUCAACUUCCCUAAUGUGUCUAGAGUAGAGAAAACAAGUAAUCCUUGUUGCUGUUGUAAAACACUUUAUGCAAAUCAUAAUUUUCUAUUUUAAGCAGUCAUCGAAAUGAGUGAUGCCGGGGACACAAGCAAAGAGGAAAGCGGACCCUCCGUGGAGUCUGACAAUCCACAGGAGAGAAUUGCGGCACGCCAUCAACGUAUUGCGCAGCAAAUUGAAGCAAAGCAUCGCAAGGAACUUGGCGAUGACUCUGAGGAGGAUGAGCAGGCAGAAGCCAGAGAGAGCCAGAAGCAGGUGGAGCAUAGUGAGGAGCACAUGAUUAAGUUAGAGCGCGAUGGGACAGAGCUGCUGACCAACAUCGAAACAGCAGCUGACUACAGGGAGUCCCAGAGGAGGAUGGAGGAGGAGGAAGCUCGCAGGCUGAGAGUAGAGAAGCUGGAGAAUGAGGCCAAGUCAAGCCUGGAGAAGUUUGAGGAGAUCACAAAGAAAUGGACGUUGGCCAAGGAGAAGGAGAUCCCCCAGGACCUUCGUGACGCCCUGGUUAGCCAGCAGCAGCUGUGUGCCCUCCUGAUUGAGGACAAAAACAAGCUCAUCAAUGACUUGCAAGAGGAGCUGAAAGCCAGUGACAAUCUUUAUGUGAAAGACUUGAAGAGGCAAGGAGAGGACAUUGAUCUCAUGAUCGAGAGAAUGGAAGAACAAAUAAAGAAUUUGACAAAAUCCUACAAGCAGGAGUUUGCACAGAUUGAGAGUGCCUUUGAAAAGGAACGUGCAGAGCUCCUUCACAAAAACCGUGUGGAAUGGGAGCGGAAGAUGAAGGAAAGACGUGACAAGGAGGUGGAGUACCUGAUGCAAAGGAUGAAGAAGGUGGAGGAGAACGAGAUGAUGCUGGAGAAGCUGAGACAAGAGGAUGCAGAGGAGUGCAAUGCCAUAAAAACCAAACUGGACACAGAGGUGAAGGUGCUUCAGCAGCAGGUGCAGCAGAUGAAAGCCACCUACCAACUGAACCAGGAGAAGCUGGAGUACAACCUUCAGGUUCUGAAGAAGCGAGAUGAGGAAAACACCAUCACCAAGACUCAACAAAAGAGGAAAAUUACCAGACUCCAGGAUGCUUUGAACAAUCUCAAGGUCAGAUGCGCAAAGCAGGAGCAGCAGGCUAUGGAGGAGAACCAGUCAAUCAUCGACGACUACAAACGCAUCGUGCAGGAGAACAAGCACAGGGAGAAGAAGAUGAAGCACUUUGCGACAGUCGACGCAAAGAAGUUUGAGGAGAUCUGGCUGAUGAAUGAGACUGAGGUGAAGGGGCUGGUGGAGAAGGCCUUGGAGAUGGACCGUAUGGUGCACGAGCAGUACCUGGGCCUGGUGUGGGAGCGCCCGUCCAUGCCCUUCAUGGAGCGCACAGGGCCCGGAAUUCAGCCGCUCCCCACGCCAAAAUCUGUCACGGAGUCGCAGAGAGAGAAGGCCCAGGAGGAGGCGGGACCCAGCACACAGAGCCCCAAGGCCUCUGCCUCAGAAUCCGCUGAGAGCGGACCGGGCAGUGUCAGCGGGGAGGGGGAGUCGACCGUCUCCGUGAUGACAGUCAAGAGGAUUCUGGAACUCCUGUGCGACGAGGCGGGUUUUUUGAUUGAUAGUAAAGUUCUGAAACUCCUGGCUCCUCUGGAGAAAGAUGAGAAGUCCCUUGUGAAGCUGGAUAUUAUACUCUCGGCAAUUGGGGUUGACAAUGAGGAGGACAUGUUCAAGCUGGCCAAGUUUUUCAUCAAGUAUGGACAACAGCGGAAAGAGAGCCAGGAGGCCACAACAGCGGAGAGGCCCCAGAGCGAGAGAGAGGGGAGUAGUCCCGUCUGGGAACUCAUUCACCCCAACGACGUCCUGGCUGCGCUACGCGCCUUCACCGCUGAGCACUGCAAGCCCAAGGAGAAAAAACAGCAGUCCAAAAUCCUGAGUUUGGAUCAGAGGGAUGAAGCAGCAGAUGCUGCUUUCUGGGAAGCUGCGGCCAACGUCAUCCCAGAGUCCAAGCUGAAGCUGUGGGACACCCUGGAGACUGCGCUGGAUAAGUAUCACACUGUUCUGACUGAGAGGGCCCAGCUGCUGGAGGAAACGCAGCAUCUGAAACAGCAGAACGAGGAGAUGAGGAGGCUUCUGCAGAAGCACGUCAAUUCCAGGGUGAAUGCUGAAUUAUUAAUCCCACCCACAAAAGUAAUGCAGCUUCAGCAAGAGUGAAGUCACUACUGUGUGAACACAUGAAUUUCCUACCAAUGGCUGCUUAGGA